AUGAUUGUCGAUAUCCGGCGACGAUGGCAGAGAGAUCAAGAGGCAAGGGGUGGAGAGACCGAGAGGCGACAGGCGGAGAGAUUGACAUGCGAUGAUGGCGCCGAGCUCAAGAGGUUUUUCUUCGGCAGAGGAAGGGGUUUCAUCAAGGUGGGGGCUGAGGGUGAGGCUGCGGAGGUAGGAGGAGAAGGUGCCCGAGACAAAUAUUGA